AUGUUCAGAUUGGUGACUAGAUCGGUUAUUGCCAGACGUUGUUACGCGGACGCUGCGAAGAGCGCGGCCUCCGGGCUGAAAUUGCGCUUUGCGCUGCCACACGAGACCCUGUUCAACGGGGAAGAGGUCGUCCAGGUCAACUUGCCCGCCAAGUCGGGCUCCAUCGGUAUUCUUGCCAACCACGUACCCACAGUCGAGCAAUUGACACCCGGUGUUGUCGAGGUCGUCAAGGCCAACGAGACCAAGAAGUACUUCGUUUCCGGGGGAUUCGCCGCCGUCCAGCCAGACUCCACGCUGUGUGUCACCGCCGUCGAGGCCUUCCCACUGGACUCCUUCUCCCAGGACAGCGUCAGAUCGCUGCUGGCCGAGGCUGAGAAGAACAGCAAGUCCCAGGACGAAAAGACCGCCGGUGUCGCUUCCAUCCAACUGGAAGUCCUAGAGAAACUGCAAGCCGCAUUGAAAUAG